AUGGACAUAUUCAACUUUUCUCCCGGUAUCCCCGAGGAGUCUCCCCAGGAGCCUCCCAAGGGAAAACCUGUUGGUCCAGUUGAUAUUCCUUUCGAUGACUUUGAUACCGGCUAUGCCAUGGCAGAGGAAAAAGCUGAGCAGAUUAAUGCGGCAGAGAAUGAGAGACUUGAUGAACUCAUGGCCAAAUUCACCAAGGGCUUCGAUCCCGGCACCUAUGCCAAAGAGAUCAGGGCUUCUCUCCCGAAACUGGUGACCAAUCUUGCGCCAGGUUCAUACAAUCAUCUUCUGGCUCUCGUCUUCGAGACCUAUGACAGAUUCCAGUCUCUUCAGAUUGAUAUGGAAGCCUGGCUCCAACACCGGUACCAGCGUGCUAAGAUUGCCCGACCCAGCAACAUAUGCAUUACUGACGAGACCCUUUUCGCCCUUGAGGUUGAAAUGCUUAGAAAGCUGCUGGAGCCUAUUCGUGAGGGAAGCAACAAGGAUGUUUUUUGGCUCAGCACCAGACGGGCGGCUCCUACUUGGGCAUGCGAGCAGCUGGAGGAGUCUGCCAAAGUGAUUGAGGUGUUCAAGACUGAUAUUUGUUCGGCAUUGAAGUCGCCAGAUACGACGAGAACCAUUUAUAUCAACCUUCCCGUUUCAGUGAAACGCACCGCAAUCAUCAGUAUUAAGCAGUCUCGGUUGGACGCAUGCAAGGAAAGCCUUUCAUGGGAUAAAUACACCGGCUCCGACCUUGAGAUGACCGCGUUCUACCAGCUCUAUAAGUCUUACGUUUCAACAAACGACCCUGCCAGAGCUCGUGCCUCUGGAUGGCUCCCUCCACUUUGCCCUCAGACUCCCCGCUCGUCAGCCCCAGAAGCGCAGGAAGGGGACUUGGCUAAAUGGCCUGCUUCGGAACCUACUGAAAAUAUCCAUGAACUCCUGCUCAAGACGGCAUUGUGGCUGGGCGUGGCCAGGGGACUAGCAGCGGUCCAUCUGUUUUGUGAUGUAGCUAGGCUCUUCGCACUUACCGGCCCCCCGGCGGAGGUGACGGAUGAACACCUUUGCUUCUUGCAGAACCUGACCCAUCUGCGAUCUGAAGGAACUCGGGCUUUUCUUUCGCCUCCUCUCCCUUGUGACGCCACGACCUUGCCCACGCGCAACAUGGAUUACUUUGCGGACGUCCAGAGAUCGGGCCAUAGGCUCAUGACAGGCCUCAUGGACAAUAUGACUUUGAAUUGGAAGGAUGGUUCUACCAAAUUCAAUCUUUCCAGCCCUCCUCGCAAUCGCCGUUCCCGCCAGAGAGAGAUGCAGCAGCUUGCGCAGACUUUUGUCGUCCCUCGAAUUGUCGUCGAGGCUCCGUCUACCCCCGAAGACGAUUCUGAGAGAAACGGGCAAGUGGCAGUUUCCUUCCAUUCCGAAGCUUGA